CUUUAAACACCACAAUCUUGCUCUUGCUACCAUCAUGCAUAUCCCCACGCUUUUUCUCCUUGCCUGCCUCGUCCCCUUUUGCCUCGGGACGACAUCCACCGACUCCCACGGCUCCACCUCCCAGCCCGAUGUUUACGAAGCUAUCCACCAAAGAGAGUCGAUCCUCGCUGAAACUCUGGACACCAAGGAUUGGGACCGCCUGGGCGAGUCGAUGACCGAAGACAUCAUUUACGACAGCAGGCCGCUCGGUCCUGAUUACGGCGGGCUGUCUGUCGGCCUGGAUCAAGUCAUCGAGAAUACCAAGCAGGCAUUCGGCGACGCCAUGGUCGCGCACCAUGUCUCCAACGCGAUCAUCCGGCUGAACCCUGACGUAACCGAGGCCAACGUCACCACCUACAUCGUUUGGUCUCGCUGGGAGCCGGAUGCGCUUGAUGAUCCGAAAAAGACGUUCCGAAUCUAUGAGAGGUGCGACGACAUAUUUGUGGUGGAUGAUGGGACUUGGAAACUGACGUACAGUUUGGUCACAAACCUGGCGCCGAAGGUUGAGAACCCCUACUUCAACGAUGAGCAGGAUAUGUAGUGUCGUCUCAG